GCUGCAGAUCGCCUUGCAUCUCAAUGUGCCUCCGGCAAGGUGUCGGGAUCUCAACUGUCGGAGAUGCUUUGCGACAGAGUCCGACGUCUCUACUUGGGCCUCGAUGGCGGGGCGUCAGCGGAUGAGGGGCUCCUUAGGCUCCUCCAGCUUGCGGAUGCCAUGAAGACGCAGGGCAGCCCGAUGAUGAUCGAGGCCGUGAAGCAGGUCAAGGACAGUGUCAGCGAGGAGUUCUUGUCUCUGAAAUCCAACGUGAAAUGCCAGGCCGUGGCCACCCCGCUGCUCGUGCGGCUGGGUCUUGGGGGCCCGGCUGACUUGCCCGACCUCCUCGGUGAGGCCCCAAGCAGUGCCGGAGGUGCUGCAGCUGGC